GCAACCAAGAAUAUGCCUGAACUCUUCCAGGAUAUUCGAUUUCGCAAUGCCGUUACGUUCAAAGACAUGGCCAUGGGCAUGCAGCGGAUCGUGCAGGCCAAUAAACACAGCCAUUCCAAAUCAGUGAGGAUGGUUAAGCUCCGCCCGCAUCUCCUGGACGAACGGGCGUGUUUGAACACGUUACUUAACCGCGUAACAAUCAACUACCGAGGCCUCAACCUUGGACUCAACAGCACCUCCCUAGGCGACCUACUCACCAUCAUUGAGAAGGACAAGAGCAAUGUGCAGGGGGUCCAAAGGCUCAGACUUAUAUGUCCGCUUGACACUAACCUUGAAUGGAAGGUGUUUGAGCUUAUUCCCAACCUACAUACCCUAGAACUCAUUCCCUCCCGGAUGGCCCCAGAGAAAAACAAACCGCCAACAACAGAGGGUUUGCCUGCGAGUCUCCCGUUGAGGGUGCUCUCACUUAUCCACAGCGGAAAUAUUGCGGCCCAUCCCACAAUUCCAUUCUGCAACCUUCUCAAGACCAACAGGUUCCCUAAUCUAGCGGCUGUGACGAUUGUGGGGUACGACUUUUCCUGUUUGCGCCAGAAUGCCACAUCGGACUUAAUGUUCAAAAAUCUCCCACAGUUAAAGCAUCUUAUCCUUGAAAAUAACAAGUCGUUGAACUGGGACGAGUUCUUGCAGAUCUUCCAGUCCAGCGGGUGUGAGCUUGAGUCGUUAUCGCUUAGAGAAGACCGUGUGGACGGGGCUUCGCAUUUGCGUGACUUUGGCAGCGAGACUUUUAGGCCCUUGAAGCAUCUCAAGCAGUUGGAUGUCACUGGCUCCUCUUUGAGUUUUCAGGGGUUGAUGAAGGUCUUGCGGAACUGCGGGUCAUUGGUGGAAAGCCUUUACAUCGGCCACUGCCAGCAUAUCUGGUUCAAAAACGGUACGUUUAACCAGCUGUCUACGACAAGGUUCUUCGAGCUUGAUUCGGUGUUGGAACACGCCCCACGCUUGAGGCAGUUAUAUUUGAAUCAGAGUAGCGAUCUCAACAACUACACGUUGAAAAUGCUUCACCCAGUGUUCAAGGAGAAGAAGCGGGAGUUAGAUGUGCUAGACGUGAGCUUUAAUCUGAUUACGGGGAUUGGGCUAGCUGACUUGUUCUGUGUGAGCAAGCGAAACGAGCCGACCUUCCGGGUAAAGAAGUUGGUGAUCGAUGCGUGUGACGUGUCAUUGGAGAUUGUGAAAUUGCUUGAGGGGAGAUAUUGCGACGUGGUACAGUACCAGCCCCAGAAGGUCCGGUGGAAGGAGUUUGGGGUGAAUUCCUAUGUCCCGAUGUAAAUAUACCUAUCAGCCACGAACGUGGGUUACGGCGAUUGGGUAUAACUCUGAGGAACAGUUGGGCCUAGGGCAUUGUCAUGAGGCCACGCAAAAUGGGACUUGGGAUGAAAGAAUUCGACAUCCUUGCAGACACGUACGUCGUGGAGAUAACGUCAACGACGACCCAUACUCAUGCCACGGUAUCGCUAUACCCUCACUAUUGUUGCAGGCCUCAAAAAUCGACACCAUUCGGAUUUUGCCGUUUCAGAGACAGCACC